AUGGCCUUGCUUGGCCAUGUUGCUUUCUGUGAAAGCACGGGAGAUUUUUCCCUCCAGGUGACCCUCGUUUGGCACACUGCAAUUGUUAUUUCGGUGUCCGGUCUCUCUGCCCUCUGUUCUUUCCCUGCUUUUGUUUGCUCCACCUCCCAGGGACAGACAGAAGGUACACACAGCUCCGGUCUGCUGGAGACAGAGCCGCUGCAAGGAACAGAUGAGGACGCAGUAGCCAGCGCUGACUUCCCUAGCGUGCUCUCCGAGGAGGAGAGGGAGGCGUUAAAGGCAGAAUUAGUUCAGCUGGAAGAAGAAAUCACAACACUGCGGCAAGUGCUGUCGGCCAAGGAGAGGCACCUGGUGGAGAUCAGACAGAAGCUGGGCAUGAGCCUGAUGAAUGAGCUGAAGCAGAACUUCAGCCGCAGCUGGCACGAUGUGCAGACCACAGCCGCCUACAAGAAGACGCAGGAGACACUGAGCCACGCGGGGCAGAAGGCCACGGCGGCAUUCAGCACGAUGGGCACGGCCAUCAGCAGGAAGCUGGGGGACAUGAGGUCUCACUCCAUCGGCCACUCCAUUCGCCAUUCCAUAAGUAUGCCUGCUAUGAGGAAUUCUCCAACAUUCAAAUCAUUUGAGGAGAGGGUUGAGACAACUGUCACAAGCUUUAAGACGAAAGUAGGGGGGACAAAUCACAGCAGAGGCAAUUUUGAAGAGGUCCUCAGCUCGACGGCCCAGGCCAGCGCGCAGAGCACCCCAGGAGGCCCACAGCAGGCUGAGGAUGAGAGGCUGCAGUGCUAGGUCCUUGCAGCCUGCAGCCCAUCCAGAUGCCAGCCACUGUCCAGCCCUGUGCCCCUGUGUCUGGAUACGAAGACCAAAUCCCCCCGGGGAAAGGCCCAGGGCUCGAUGUUCUUAUUCAAGCAGCCUCUCCCGAAAGCCUAAUAAAAUGAUUUCCACUUUACUGGUGUUGAUGGGGGACCACGUGACAUCACCCGCAGUAUCCACAGGUUCUCCUUCCCAGUGUCCCAAGCGGAGCAGGUACCCGAUUGGCUGUGGCCUUGUCUGUUGCCCAGCAUACCUCCCCUGACGUGCAGCUGUCGCUGUCUGCUUUGGUUCUCGUGUGGCCUCCUUCCUGGUGUGCAUGUCCUGUCUUGCUCAGGGGACCCCUGCAGGUGUGGCCCCUCACACUGUCUCCAGCAAGAGGAUGACAAACUGCAUACUCCAUCCAGGGGCUUGUGAUCUCCUUCGUAUCAGCUGUGUAUGUCUAUUUAAGUAAAUAAAAGAAUUGAUUUUAAGGGUGACUGUAUUC